AUGUUCUUUUUGGUGGGCUGUCGACGGGCAGCCCCCAAAUAUUGUGCCAGAAUGUGGUGGUGUUUAUUUAUUUGUGUUACGUACAGUAAUAUAAUUGGUGUGUUAGGUUCAAAUGCAACAGCAGUAGCUGGUAAUGUGUGUUCACUGAAACAGUUCCAGUGUGCAAACGGGAAGUGUAUACCGAUAUCAUGGGUGUGCGAAGGAGAGAACGACUGCGGCGAUAAUUCUGAUGAAAAUAUCGAAGAGUGUAAAAAAGAGAGCCGUACGUGCACAUCUGGUGAAUUCAGAUGCAAGACGGGCCGCUGCAUACCGAUGUCGUGGAGAUGCGACAAUGAAAAGGACUGUUCAGACGGCUCCGACGAAGAACCGGGAACUUGCAAAGUGGAGGUGUGCGGACCGGAAGAGUUCACUUGCAGAGGUGCACAAGGCGAAUGCGUUCCUCUCACAUGGAUGUGCGAUGACAACCUCGACUGUACUGAUGGCUCAGAUGAGAAAGCAUGCAAUGAGACCUGCCGUUCUGAUGAGUUUACUUGCGGUAAUGGAAAGUGCAUACAGCAAAGAUGGGUGUGCGACGGCGACGAUGACUGUGGCGAUGGAACGGACGAGGUAAAGUGUCCGGCUCCGACGUGUCAGCCGAUAAGUCACUUUUCCUGCUCUGACGGCCAUUGUGUAUCCGCGAGGUGGCGCUGCGAUGGCGACGUGGACUGCCCCGACGGAAGUGAUGAAAUGGGUUGUGCGUCGACGCCAAAAGUGACAUCACCAUGUAUAGCCACCGAGUUUGAAUGCCACGACCGCAUGACGUGCGUCCACAAGGCUUGGGUGUGCGACGGCGACCGCGACUGUCCCGACGGUGGGGACGAAUCUCCGAGCAUUUGCAGAGGAAACAUCACGUGCCGCCUCGACCAGUUCCAAUGCAAGGACCACAGCUGCAUCCCAGGCGCGCUCUAUUGCAACGGCGAGAAGGAUUGCCCCGACGGCAGCGAUGAGAUCAAUUGCACAAAGCCGAAACCAAUAUGUGACAAAAAGACCGAGUUCGAUUGCGGUGACGGCAUGUGCAUACCGAUGUCAAAACUGUGCGACGGUAAACCCGAUUGUCCCAACUUCGAAGACGAGCCCAAGGACAGGUGUGGAGAAGACGAGUGCGCGAAGAACAAUGGCGGAUGUACCCAGAAGUGCGUUAAUACCCCAGUCGGGUAUUAUUGCGACUGCGAUAAGGGGUACAAGCUCGUGGAUAACAGGACUUGCGAGGAUGUGGAUGAGUGCGUCGACCCUGGCGCGUGCUCUCAAAUGUGUAUCAACGAAAAGGGGACCUUCAAAUGCGAGUGUCACGCCGGCUACGCGAGAGACCCACGAGACCGAACACGUUGCAAGGCCACGGAGGGUCACCCGUCUCUCCUCUUCGCUAGACGCUUCGACAUCAGAAAGAUUAGCCUGGAUCACCACGAGAUGGUAGCGAUCGUCAACGAUACAAAGUCGGCCACCGCCCUCGACUACGUGUUCAGAACGGGCAUGAUCUUCUGGAGUGACGUCACAGAUGAGAAGAUAUAUAAGGCACCGAUCGAUGAAGGAAGUCAACGAACAGUGGUGAUAGGCGAUCAACUGAUAACAUCAGAUGGCCUGGCAGUGGACUGGAUCUACAACCAUCUGUACUGGACGGACACGGGGAAGAACCACAUCGAACUCUCCGACCUGCAGGGCAAUAUGAGGAAGGUACUCAUCAAGGAUAAGCUUGAAGAGCCAAGAGCAAUUGCGCUGAAUCCGCUUGAUGGGUGGAUGUACUGGACUGAUUGGGGCCAAACACCAAAGAUCGAACGAGCCGGAAUGGACGGAUCUCAUAGACAAACCAUUGUGUCCUACGACGUCAAAUGGCCGAAUGGGCUGACGCUGGACUUAGUGCGAAAACGGGUUUACUGGGUCGACGCAAAAUUGAACACGAUAUCAUCCUGCAACUACGACGGUUCGGCUCGUCGUGUGGUCCUGUACUCCACUGAUGUUUUACGCCACCCCUUCUCCAUCACGACCUUCGAGGAUUGGGUCUACUGGACCGAUUGGGACAAAACGGCCGUCUACCGAGCCAACAAAUUCAAUGGAAAAGAUGUCGAAGCCAUUACUGCUACACACACGCUUCAAAACCCGAUGGUGAUCCACGUGUACCACCCCUACCGUCAACCGGAUGGUGUAAACCACUGCGCUGCCGUCAACGGACACUGCUCGCACCUGUGUCUUCCUGCGCCGAGGAUAGGAGCUCAUUCGCCGCGAGUGUCCUGCGCAUGCCCCACUGGACUGCGCCUCCUUCCAGACAACCAGAUGUGCGUCGAAGACAAUGCGAUUAAACCAGGUGUGGAAGUGGAAAAUUCAACUAGUGGUUUAGAAAAGCCUAAAAUUGUUGAGGAAAAACCUGCAUCCACUGUACCAGAAACUCCAAAGACUGGUACAGGAAUCUCAACAAGCGGUCGCGACGCUGGUGUGGUAGCUGGCGUCGUCGUCGCUGUCAUCUCAGGAAUCAUCGUUAUUGCUGCUCUGAUCGCCGUGGUAAUGUACCGGCAUUACGUACAUCGUAACGUCACGUCCAUGAACUUCGACAAUCCUGUGUAUCGUAAGACUACAGAGAACCAAUUCGCGUUAGAACAGAAUGGAUACGCACCGGGCAGCAAACUGUACCCCAGCACUGUGGGCGAAGAGGUAAGGGCUCUCACCGCUAUGGAGUGCACACUCAACAUACAGAACAGCCUAAGAUAA